CUAUGGUUUCUCUUCUCUCGAUUUUAACCCAUUUUAUCAAAUAUUUUAACUAUUUUUAUUUGUUUUUUCUUCAACUCUUUCAGAAAAAAUUCCUUUAAAAAAUUCCAAUUAGUAUCUAUUAUAAUUCAUGCAAUUCAUUAGGAUUCAAUUACUUAUUUUAAUUGCUCCAACUUUCAAGUCCCUCAAAUUUCAAGCUCCUUUUACUGUGAAUGAAGUGAAAGGGGCAAAUUUGAAAGGUUAAUUAUUUAAGUUAAAUUAUUAAGAAGAAGAACAAAUUAGAUGUUUGCAGAAGGUGGUAUGGAUUGUGGGAGAGAAUCAGGUGGAGCAGGUACAGUGUUAAUGCGGUUUGUGUGGCCUCAUGGUGGUAGAAGUGUGUUCCUUAGUGGUUCUUUUGACAGAUGGACUAGGCUUGUUCCUAUGUCCCCGGUGGAAGGUUGUCCGACGGUAUUUCAGGCCAUUUGCAGUAUAACACCCGGUUAUCACCAGUACAAAUUUUUUGUUGAUGGAGAAUGGCGGCAUGAUGAGCGCCAACCAUGCUCAACAAGUGAAUAUGGGGUAGUGAACACAGUUCUAUUCACCGGGGAAACCAAUUACAAUUCUGUCAUAGGUCAGGAGAUGCCAUUGGGCAUGGAACUGGACAAUGAAACUUUUAGACGUGUGGUCCAUGUAUCAGAUGGCACAGUGGGUGACGUUCUACCGAGGAUAUCAGAGGCUGAUUUACAGGUCUCUCGUCAUCGUAUUUCUGUAUUUUUGUCCACACAGACUGCAUAUGAGUUACUACCCCAGUCAGGCAAGGUUGUCGCCUUGGAUGUUGAUGUACCGGUAAAGCAAGCAUUUCAUAUAUUACAUGAGCAGGGCAUCUCCACGGCUCCUCUUUGGGACUUUAGCAAGGGCCAAUUUACUGGAAUGCUUAGUGCCUCAGAUUUCAUCCUAAUUUUGACAGAGCUUGGGAAGCAUGGGUCAAAUUUAACAGAGGAAGAGCUUGCUACUCACACCAUAUCUGCCUGGAAGGAGGGAAAAGCAUAUAUGAAUAGACAAAUUGAUGGACAUGGGAGGGCUUUACCAAGACAUCUCGUCCAUACUGGGCCAUAUGAUAACUUGAAAGAUGUUGCUUUGAGAAUAUUGCAAAAUGAGGUGGCUACCAUACCCAUUAUCCAUUCAUCUUCAGAAGAUGGCUCAUUUCCUCAGCUCCUGCAUCUUGCUUCACUCUCAGGAAUACUUAAAUGUGUAUGCAGGUAUUUUAGCCAUUGUUCUGGCACCUUGCCCAUACUUCAGCUGCCGAUUUCUGCAAUUCCAUUAGGUACAUGGGUUCCAAAGAUUGGAGAGUCUAAUAGACGUCCUCUGGCAAUGUUGAGACCCAGUGCUUCACUUAGUUCAGCUUUGAACUUAUUGAUUCAAGCUCAAGUAAGUUCAAUACCAAUAGUUGAUGAUAAUGACUCUUUACUAGAUGUCUAUUGCCGGAGUGAUAUAACUGCUUUGGCAAAAGACAGAGUAUACACUCACAUUAAUAUUAAUGAAAUGACUAUUCAUCAGGCUUUGCAAUUGGGACAAGACUCCUACUCUCCAUACGAAGUAAGGGGUCAGAGAUGUCAAAUGUGUUUGCGUUCCGAUACAUUGCAUAAAGUAAUGGAGCGAUUGGCAAACUCAGGUGUUAGACGGCUUGUGAUAGUGGAGGCUGGAAGUAAGCGUGUAGAAGGUAUUAUUACACUGAGCGACGUCUUCAAGUUCUUGCUCGGAUAGUUCAAAGGGGACUAACUGCAGAAGGGUAUUAUUUACUCGAAAGAGAUUGUGCAGUGAUAUCGAAACUCCUAGCAACGGCAUGUUGUAUUUUAAAAUCUCCUGCCUUGUUUCAAGGAGAAACCGUUAUUUUCGAUUCGUAUUGGCCUCAUACUUGGUUGCCUAUUAUAUGAAUUAUUUCUAGGCUAAAAGAUGAGGGGCAUAGAAUUUCGGAGCUGAUUCUCUUCCGAUUCCUAAGCUGUCGUUUUUGUUAGCGGAGGAGAAGCUUAAUCUGAGCCAUCUCAUGUAAAUUUUUAUGUAAGUUAGCGGGACGGGGCAUGUAAUAGCUGUAUGCUUCACUGCUGCUGCUAAAAUAGAAAAAGAAAAGAGAUGGGGAAGAGGAACAUGAAAUCAAUAGUUUCUCUCAUAUUAGGCUGUGAUUGGUAUUUUAGGAAAUUUAAUCAACUUGUAACUUUCUCUUUU